ACACGUGUUAUUUAGUAUACAAAUAAAAAUAUUACACUUACAAAAUAUGAAAUAGAAAUUGUUAUGAUACAUAAAUAUUUACCAAAAGACGCUUGAAAAGAAAGUAGGGAACCUUCAAAUAACGUCAUAAAUAGUCACCAGAACUCGAAAACUGGUGUCGACUCGACAACAGGCUCCUUCACCCUAUAGGUGUCUCCUGUUACAGUCCAACAAUAAUAAUUGCAGAGUUUAUUGAUAUUAAUAUCUUAAUAAUAAAUGAAAAUAAUGGCAAAUACAACAAAAUCACCUUUAAUUUUCGAUUUAAUUGCGGAAUGUAACACCUCAAAAGCUAGAACUGGCGUAAUGACUUUAAUUCACAGUAUAGUUGAUACUCCAGUUUUUAUGCCGGUUGGCACGCAGGGAACUUUGAAAGGAUUAUUGCCUCAGCAACUAGAGAAUUUAAAUUGUCAAAUAAUGCUAAGUAAUACGUAUCAUCUAGGAACUAGACCUGGUCCUGAGAUUCUUAAGAAGGCAGGAGGUUUGCACAAAUUUAUGGGAUGGAAUAGAGGCUUACUAACUGACUCUGGAGGUUUUCAAAUGGUUUCUUUAUUAAAAUUAGCAAGAAUCACUGAAGAAGGGGUUAAUUUUAAAUCGCCUUAUAAUGAUACGGAAUGUAUGUUGACACCGGAACAUUCCAUCGAAAUUCAGAAUGCUAUUGGAGCUGAUAUUAUCAUGCAGCUUGAUGAUGUUGUUAGUACUCUAACAACUGGACCAAGAGUUGAAGAGGCAAUGAAUAGGACAAUAAGAUGGAUUGACAGAUGUUUAUCCGCACAUCAGAAACCAGAAGAACAAAGUAUUUUUCCAAUAGUUCAAGGAGGUCUCAAUACUGAGCUGAGAACAAAAUGUGCCCAGCAAUUAAUAGAACGUAAAGUUAAUGGAUAUGCUAUCGGCGGAUUAAGUGGAGGUGAAAGUAAGGAUGAAUUUUGGAAAAUGGUCCAUCUUUCUACUGAUAUUCUUCCCAAGAAUAAACCACGAUAUUUAAUGGGAGUUGGAUUUGCUGUUGAUUUAGUUGUAUGUUGUGCGCUUGGUGUUGACAUGUUCGACUGUGUCUUCCCGACAAGAACAGCUCGAUUUGGAUGUGCUCUGGUUCGACAUGGACAACUAAAUCUAAAGCAAGAACAAUACAAAUAUGACAAGAGGCCAAUAGACGAGAAAUGUAAUUGCAGCACUUGCAAAGAAUACACGAGAGCAUAUCUUUAUCAAAUUGCUACAGUGGAAACUGUAGCUUGCCAUUUGCUCACAGUACAUAAUAUUGCUUUUCAAUUAAAUUUGAUGAAAGAUAUAAGAGAAAGCAUAAAAGCACAAACUUUUCCUGAAUUUGUGCAAGAUUUUAUGUCAAUAGUGUAUCCAGAUAAAACUUAUCCGACGUGGGUUCUUGAAGCUUUAGAGGCUGUAAAUAUUCAUUUGUCCUGAUGAAUAUAUCAAAGUUUUUUAAGUCAG